AUGCCCACAAUUCGAUUAUCAUGGUAAAAUUCACUCAGCAACGACGUAUUUAUAGGACUAGCUAUCUUUUAUGCAGGAGCUGAGCUAGUAAUUGCAUGAAGUGACUUCCAGUAAGAUUAAUUUAGAUACUGUUCCAAGCCAAUUCACAUCUGACUUCUCAUAUCAUGCUUGAUUCUUGGCUUAUUUAGACUUGCUCACGCUUUGGGAGAUCCUGAUGCUGAUGAAAUGAAUGAGCCAUGAUGUUUUAAGCUGUUUACUAGCAGAAAAGGCUAGGCUAAUUAAAGUUAAGUGUUAGCAUAUGGUAGCACAGCCAUCAAAAACCUCCCAUACGGGAGGUUCAACUGCUUUUCGACUGUAAAUCAGAGGGUCUAUCCACCAAAACGGGCCCACUUUCGGUGCCUUCUGUCUCAUCCUUGUCUUUUGGUGGCUAAUAGAUUUCUGCAGGCGAUUGGAGUAGCUUGAAGUUAAGGAUCAGCUCCUUGGAGUGGAGUCAGUCAGGUUUCGAAGUGCAUUCCUUCGACAGCUAUAGAAAAAAGACUGCUCAGCUGUUUACCAGCAAUUCUGGCUUUAGAUCAUGCAUUGUUGUAGGAAUUCUCUAUCCAUUUUUCUUAUGCUGGAUACUUUUAGGAACUUUUUGGUAUGCAGAAGUUGAAUCAAAAGAUGCAGAUUUAAUAACAACUGAAGAUGUAAAUCAGCGAUGCUUUAAAGAUCAGCAGCAAAGCUGGUAUUUUGUAUUAUGACUUAUGAUUUUUUAUGUAUGAAUAAUUGCUUAUACGACUUCUAUUAUGAUUUCGGCAAUGGUUUAUUUCAGAAACAGGGAUAUUAGAGGGCAAUAUAAGUCUUCAUGCUUAUGAACUCCCAUGGCUCCGAUGUCUGCCGAAGAGAUCCGAGGAUUGGUUUCACCAAAUUGUGUUGACGAAACUAUCAUUAAUUGGCAAUUCGUCUAAUAAAGCAGAUUUGCCAACUUGAGGGUUGGUUUCACCAACAUAAUUAGUGAAAUCAACCUUGGAUCUCUUUGGGAGACAUCGGGGACUAUGGGAGUCCAUAUGGCGUAAGUACUUAUAUGUUAGAUUGACAGAACAAUAUGGAGACGACCCAGCCCCAAGGCUAAGUCCUCACAUGCAAGGGUUGUCACCAGGGUCGAUCUUGAGAUUUAAUGUUCAAACUAUUGAAGCAUCUGAAGCAAAUAUUAAUCAAUGCACAGUGUGCCUGGAAGAUUUUAGAGCUAGAGAAAAGGUAAGGAUUAUGCCGUGCGGACAUAAAUUUCACCUUCAAUGCAUUGAUGUGUGGCUUAUGAGACAGAGCAAUUGUCCAAACUGUAAAAGAGAUUUGAGAGCCAAUAGAGAAGCAAUGCCUUUAAUACCAAUAUAA